GGAGGGGCUAGAGUCUAGAGUUGAAAACCGUUUUGGCUUUGGAGUUGCGUUGCGUUGGUCGUUGGGGAACAUUUGGGAAUAUUGGAGAAGUAGGGAGGGAAGUCUGAAAAUCCAAAGGCUCCAAAGAGUGAUCCUGGUUGUGUUGUCGGCCAUUGCUAGGGAUAACAGUGAAAAAACUAUUUGGUGAUUUCGUGUUACGAUUUUGGGUAUUCCAGGAUUGGAAUUUCAAACUUGAUUUCGACCAUGGAGGACGGCAAGUAUGUCCAGGUUGAUGAAAAAACGAUUAUAUUGCAGUCCAAUUCGUCUGAGAUGCAACCAAGGCUCACGCCGACAGGAAAAAUUAGCUAUGCGAAAACUAGAGUCUACACUCAACGGUACCGCAAAGAGUGGGAAUUCAUGUCCGAUUUCAAAGGAUGGUUAACAUCAGUAGCGCAUGAACCGACCCGAGCCUUUUGCAAAUACUGUAAAAAAGAUUUGCACGCUCAUCGGCUUUCCUUAUUGAAACACAUGUGUACAAUGAAACAUCAGAGAUCGGCUUUAAUGUACCACAACGCGAUGAUCGUGAAGAGGAAAGACACUGACAAGAAUUCGAUGGAACUCGACGAGAACGAUUUCAGCGAACUUGAAGACGAAUUGGGGGAGGAGGAGGAGGAGGAGGAGGAGGGAGGAGAAAUUGAGUUCACGGUCGAGGAUGAUGCCGAGUUGGAGGAAGACUCAAACUUCCCGGAACACAAGUACGCGCGGGAUGUCAGCGACGAAGAUGUGACUCAAAAGACUCUGCUUAAAAGAAUUAAAGUGGAGAUGACGCAGGAUAUAAAACGUGAUAAAUUGGCCGAAGCAAUGGCACAUGUGCAUGGAGAAACGUUGGAAGAAAAUCCAGAAGAUGUUCAAUUGAACAUGGACGUUGUUUCGGAAACUGUGGAAACAUCCGAGCUCUCGGAAGACAUCAGCCAUCAUCUCGCAGAAAGUGAAAAUCCAAUGGAAUCCAUUGAGGUGGAGCAUCAAAUCAUUGAGGAACAAUCUUCCGAAAACGAGGAGUUGAUACCCCAGGAGCUCGAAUAUGUAAAUUCGGAUAUAACGAGGUCCGCUCCACUGAGCAGAAUUGCCCUUCCCGGCAAUAAAAUCACAAUUUCCGCUGCAAACGCGAAAACGUUUCUGCUGAGAAGUGGCGGGAAAGCCGUGACACUCUCUUCUGGAAAAGGGAUAGGGACAGGGACACCCGGUACCCAAUACGUUCUCAAAAAGUUCCAGGGAAAAGCUAACAACAACUCUCCUGCGAAUGAGAAGAAACUGCCGCAAGUUUCGAUUUCGCCGAAACCUGUCGCUGACAACAGUCAGUCUUCACUUGCUGCUGCAGAAGCGGGCACAAGUCAGGCGAAAAAAGUGGUGAAAGCGGGCAAGCCGAUUGUGUGCUCGACUGUCAAGAAGCCGACAAUUUCAACUCACGUCCUCGACAUGGGCAAGGGACUUCCGAUUGGAGGCUUGCAAGUCAGUCUCUACAAACUCUUGGACGGAAGGUGGACUUUUGUCAAUGAAUGCAAUACCUCGAGUGCUGGCCGAUGUGGCGAUCUGAUCAACAGCGAAAAAAAUGCCCUGACGACAGGCCGCUACAAGCUCCAUUUCGACGUGGACAAAUAUUUUUCGCUGAGAAAAACAGAAACUUUGUACCCCUUUAUCGAGAUCGUCUUCGACGUGAAGAACCCCGUCGUUGCUUAUCAUAUUCCGAUUUUAUUGAGUCCCUUCGGUUACACGACUUACCGUGGAUCUGACAGAUGAGCUCCUUUUUUCUUCACAAUUUAUUCAUUAGCUACAUCAGUGGCGUCACUGCAAAAGUGGAAAGUCCCGAAAAAUUUUCCAGGAGCCCCUUUGAAAAUGAAAAAGAACGUGCCUAUCUUUUUUCCUGGAUCUCACCGAGAAAUUAGAUUAAAAAGAUUUUUUUUCACUGUCAGAAAGCUUAUUCAAUUGAGCUUUUAAGUUUGAAAUUUCCUCUCUAAAAUGGGACCAGGAAUAUAAUGAAAUAUUUACUGGUUCCCGAAAUAUUAUAUGAAAAAUGUGGAUGCGCUUCGAAGAUGAAAAUUAGUCGGUGGAGCAGGUUAAAUUUUUUCUUAUCUUAAAAGUUUUGAUCAAUUUGGAAAAAUUAUUUCUACUUAUUUAUUAUAAUUUCACAUGGAAUAAGGAUUUUUUGACAUGAAACGGGAAUUUUCUAAAAGAAUUAAAACUGAGAUUUAGAAGAAAGGAGUUUGAAAAAUCCGAUCCAAGUGAAAAAUAGGUCUUAAUUCAGAAAUUUCUACUUCCAAAUUUUAGAAAGAGAGACUACUUCAAUCAAUUUUCAAAGUAGAAAUAGUAUUUUCAAC